AUGUGCAAUUGCAUACCUCAUCGGCUCGCUGUUCACAUACUCCCCUUACUUGUCUGGUUUCAUUGCCGACCUUACAAACUAUGGGCCUGGAGAAUCCAUUCCAUCACCCUCCGGACAUAUGGUCGCUACAGUGUGAGUCUUACUUUACAUGCUUCGAGGUGUGGCCAUCAACAAUUAUUCACUUUCAGCGCUGUAUAUUACAACCCUGCGAAGACUUUGGGCGGAAUGGUCGAAGCAGAUAUCUUCUGCACGAUGGGUUUGCUGUGGGCAGCGUUUGUCUCGCUAUGCAGCAUGACCAUGUUCUGGUUUUUCGAGGUUCAGAGGGGCUGGGAGUGGUUAGCUGACAUACUGGUGCUCCUGUGGAUCGGUGUUGGAAUGUCAAUUGUUGCAUGGAUGAAAGUAUGGAUGGCUAAGCCCUCCUUCAACACUGCAUGCAGCAUGACUUCUAUCAUAUUGUUUGUUGUCGUCGUGAAGGAGGGUGGUCUACAGACCCUUCUACAGGUCUCGUUCAUCGUACUAUGUGGCGCGACUGUGUCCAAUCUUGUCUGCGUCCUCCUGUGGCCGCAGAGCGCGACGAAAAAUUUGCGCGACACCAUGACGAAGACACUCCAAUCCUUCUCCACGCUCCUCGGAAUGGUUACCGAGACCUUUCUGCUGGAAGAGCCACAGCACCACGUGAGCCGCGACAAACUGCAGCGCGCCGCAGAAAGCCAUCAAGCGAGUUUCACGAGCCUGAAGAAGCAUUUCAUAGAAGCUCGGUCGGAAUGGAUGUUUGGUGGACCGAAGAACAGCAGCGGAUACGACUUGGGCGGUCCGCGGGUCGGCACGGCAGACGCGUAUCAAGAUGCGAUCGACAGUCUCAACAGGUUAGGCCAACACCUAAACGGUCUGCGUAGCGGGACCGACCUUCAAGCUGAGCUGAUCAAGGCUGAGCGGGAUGGAAAGUUGGUCUUGAAGACGCGCUCCGUGGGGCGUCGAACUGGUGACGAGGAGACAGCAAUCCUGCAGGCUGCGGCAUCCAUGUUCGGCGAUCUGAUGGACGAUCUAGGGCCUCCUCUGAAAGCGCUAUCGACAGCUUGCAUCGCGACACUCAAGCGGUUGCGAGAAGGUUUCGCGCAGCCUCUCAGUGUUACUGAUGACGAUUCCACAUGUACCGCCGAGUAUCGAAAACUCACCGAGAGUAUCCAGCGUGCGCUAUUCACGUUCGAAAGCACAUCCAACCACGCAGUGCUGAGGUUUUAUCGAAGCCAUAAUAUCUCAACUAGUCAAUCUAGAGCAUCGUUGAGUUCCAUGGUGGACGAAAACCCCAUUCUCGCUGGGUCUGAUGGGGAGAGUAUCUUCUUGGUGUAUUUCUUCAUUUUCACUCUUCAAGAGUUUGCCAAGGAGAUGGUUCUACUCGUUGAUGCAUUUGAACGUCUGUAUGCGGCGGAGCGCGCACAAGCCGCUGGAAGAAAUUGGUUGAAGCGAUUGUUACGCGUCUUUAUCUCUCAGAGGUCGCCGCGCAAUACGCGUACCGAGGGCAAUUUACGGAAGCGAAUUUCCACAUACUUCACUCCCGAGCAAGCCCGUCGUAAGCCGACAUACUUCCCAAAAAUUACACCCCAUGCUCCCAACACAGUGCAGACACCAGCGCGAGCUCAACUCACGUAUAUCGGGAGGCUAAAGCAAUCCUUAUGGACGCUGGGCGCACGGUUGAAAGAGCAGGACAUCAAGUAUGCUUUCAAGGUCGGAAUGGCCACAGCCAUGCUUGCGGCUCCGGCUUUCUUCGACUCCACCCGGCCGAUGUUCGUACACUAUCGUGGAGAGUGGGCCCUGAUCUCGUUUUUCGUGGUAAUAUCACCCACAAUAGGAGCGACCAAUUUCAUGGGUGUGCACCGCGUGCUAGGGACGUUAUGCGGUGCAGGAGUAGCCGCAGCAAUAUGGACGGCAUUCCCAGAGAAUCCGUAUGCCCUAACCAUUUUCGGCUUUUUCUUCUCUCUUCCCUGUUUCUACUACAUCGUCGGUAAGCCCGUAUAUGCGACGUCGGCACGCUUUGUGCUGCUCACGUACAAUCUCACUUGCCUCUAUUGCUAUAAUCUGAGGCGUAAGGACAUUGAGGUGAUCGAUGUCGCGACCAGUCGUGCUCUCUCUGUCACAGUUGGCGUUGUAUGGGCGGCCAUUGUGUCGCGUUAUUGGUGGCCAACCGAGGCAAGACGCGCUCUUGGCAGAGCUUUAGGAGACUUCUGCUUGAAUAUGGGUUGGCUUUACACACGCUUGGUGGCAUUCAACUCCUUUGCCGACCAUGAUCAUUUCUUAAGUCAUGAAGUUGACCAUACAAAUGACGAAACGACCGCGUUGCUACGUGAUUCCUCCCAUACACAGAUAGCCAACUCUAUACAUGAAUUUAUGGCCAUGGAAUUGCAUCUGCAAAUCAAACUAAUCGAACUGCAGGGCUUGCUGGCGCAGACACAACACGAACCGCGACUGAAGGGACCAUUCCCCGUCGCCAUGUAUCGCUCGAUUCUCACUAGUCUUCAAACCAUUCUAGACAAAUUACAUAGCAUGAGAUGCGACUUCAUCCUGCCAGUCAAUAAGGAGAGGCGAGAAAUGGUCGGAAACAUCAUCCUUUACUUCUCAACCCUUGGUGCCGCAUUCAGGCUGAAAUCGCCCUUGCCGCCAUAUCUGCCUCCUGCGGAGGAAGCGCGGCUUCGAUUAGUUGAGGCUAUCAGACAACUCGACGUCGUGCGCAAUAGAGACGUGCGAGGCUCACGACAGCUGCUCUUCUUCGCAUAUGCUCUCACGAUGAAAGGUGUCAUUCAUGAACUCAACUACCUCGGACACACACUACAAGAUGCUUUUGGUGUCAUCGGGCAGUCGACAGAGGAAUUUGAGGCUCUGUUUAUCAAUACCGGCACCGAAGGAGAUCACCGGGUAGUCUAA